AACACAUUGAUGGCUACAACAUUUGUUUUUCAAGAGCAGAAGACAAUAGCAACAGGAGGGAGUGGACACAGUCUCCACCUGCUAUAGAGAAGGAGGAGGCAGUGCAACUUGUGAGACGCGACGCUGACGCCAGUGAUGAAACUUCACUACCUGUUGCCUAAGAGGCGUGUUGUAGAUGCUUGUCUCCAAUCCUUGUAACUAGCAGGUAGCCAUGGAUUUACAGACGGAACACACAAGAUUGAACAUGGAAGACUACAGGAUUCUUCACCAGCUAGGGUUAGGAUCCUAUGGCUCUGCACAUCUAGCUCUUCACAUUCCCUCAGAUACAAAGUGUGUUAUUAAGGAAAUUAAUAUCUCUCAUAUGUCGCCCAAGGAAAUUGAAGAAGCUAGGCGAGAAGUCAAGGUCUUGUCAAGCUUGUCACAUCCAUAUAUCACUCAGUUCCGAGCCUCCUGUGAAGAAGAUGGUCGUUUAAUGAUAGCCAUGGACUAUUGUGGUGGUGGAGACCUUCAUACCAUUAUUUCCAGUAGAAAAGGUGUCCUUUUUCCUGAAGACAGAAUUCUUGAUUGGUUUGUACAACUUUGUCUGGCCGUAAAAUACAUACACGAUCGGAAAAUACUCCAUCGUGAUAUCAAAUCACAAAACAUUUUUCUGACAGAUGAUGGCAAGAUUCGGCUUGGAGACUUUGGCAUUGCCAAAGUUUUGAAUAGUACUUCAGAUCUGGCAAGAACUUGCAUUGGCACACCAUAUUAUUUAUCACCAGAAAUGUGUGAAAAUAAACCAUACAACAAUAAAAGUGAUAUUUGGGCUUUAGGAUGUGUUUUGUAUGAGAUGAUAACACUUAAACAUGCAUUUGAGGCUAAUAAUAUGAAGGCACUCAUUCUCAAAAUAGUUAAAGGCAUAUACCAACCUGUUUCUACCCGUUAUAGCAGAGAUCUUCGUUUGCUACUUGGACAAAUAUUUCAGCGAGAGCCACAAGUUAGACCAUCUAUAUCUGUGAUCCUCCGUAAAACAUUUAUUUUGAAAAAAGUUCCUCGCUUUAUUUCUGGAUGUGAAGAAGAAGAAUUGAUGGCCUCUUUGAUGAAGCGUAAGUGUGCUUUGCCAGCCUCGGCACGUAAUGUCCCAGUAAUGAAACGCCCAAGUGAUAUAACUGAUCCCUCGGUUAAAUAUGGAGUGAGUCAGUCCUUCAGUAAAAGGGUUACACAAAGGUCUCCAACAAAAUGUACCUCAAAAGUUUAUAAACAAGCUGUUUCAGGAAAGAAGUCAUCUGGAGUUCCCUAUGUUAGGGCACCAAAACUUACUCAAGAACAUCGGAAGAAAUUCCAAAGUGAGAAUAGUCUUUUAGUGAAGGAUAAAGUUAAAGCCAAGCCACAGGAAAAUAAUGAUGGCAGAUCCCAAAGAAGAUCUAAGUCAGUACCUCUUCCGCUCAAACAAAGUAAUUCAAAACCCCAGAACCAUUAUGUUAAAAAGAAGGCACCCUCACCUGUGAAAUUAAAAUUGAUGUUAGAUAGGGCUGGGAUUAAGAAGAAUGGUUUGUAUCAAAACAAAAUUGAAAUUGAUAAGAAAGCAUGUAACUUAAAAAAUCACGAAUCCAAUAAUUCACCUGGAGCUGAAGGCUGGCUUGUUGAUGAGUUUUUAUCAAAGAAAUUACAAGCUGCAUACAAUGACCGAAAGCUUGCAGAGGCACUGCUGCCACCAGAUACAUCAGAGAGUGAAUCUGCCACAUUUGACAGUGGUAUUCCGACUAGAUUUAAGUCUGUAGCCAAGGUUGAUGAGAAAGAAAAUAAAAUACAAAAUGACAUGUGUUGGGUUAGUAGGGAUCUUUGUGCUUGCAAAUUAUCCAAGUUAAGUAGAAAAAUGGAAAAUAAAGAUGUUCUGCAUUUGCACAAUGAUCAAAGCCAAGUGGAUCAAUUUCUGGAUAACAUUUCACCCGAUGAACAGCUGCAAGAGAAAAAUAGAAAGGACGUUAAAGAGUUGGCAAACAAAACGCUCAAACAGCAUGGUGUCAAUGGCAGUGAUGAUGAUGAUGAUGAUGACUUGCCUGUUUUACCAGCAGAAAAAGUGAGGGCGUUAAUACAUGAGAAAAUUAAGAAAUUGUUGCAAGAACGCUCUGAGAAGAUGAAUCAAAUGGUCUUAGAGCGGCGCCAGUGGGCAUAUCAGAGAGAGAAGCUUGAGUCUACAACUGCAAAAGAUGAAGAAGGAUUGGAAUUUCUUGGAAAUAUGAUCAAAUGUAAUGUAAACUACAAUAUAGGAGGAGAGCAAGAUUUGGAGCUUAAUAAAGGUUCUAUUAGUUCUAAGUUUCCAGACGAGAGUAAAAUUCACUUGGCUGGUUCCAAAAGUAUAGUCGAGACAGUUUAUAGCACAUGUGCAAAUGUUAGUACGACAUCUGCAAAUGAAUCUCCGUUAAAUGUGCUGAUGAAUAAAACUGAAUAUAGGGGGCCUGAUGAUGAAAUUUGUAGUGCUGGAUCAACAAAACCAAAGCAUCAGAUAAGAGAAUGCAUAAUGCCUCCAGAUUUUAGGGAGAGAUGUGUAGAACAAAUUCCAAAUGAGAUGCUAUCUAAUGCAGUUGAAGAAUGGGUAAAAGUAGGAAACUUGUCUGGAAAUCUUGCACAAAAUCAAAGUAAGCAACAUAAUCAAAUUACCUUGAAAAGUAAUUCCUUGAUUAAUGGGCUCAUUGAAACUAUAGAUGAAAUGACUUUUGAAAAGAAAUACCAAUUUUCCCAACUAAAUGUUUGCAAAUGUAAACCAGAGAGCAGUGAUGUCGAUCUGUAUGAAAUUACAAGUAAGGGAUCUGUUACAUCGAGUCCAAAUAUUUCAGAAUUAUCAACAAAUGUCACUUCAAUUGAUAUUAAUGAAGGGACCACAGAUAAACAUAGCACAGGUACUUCUUAUAGCUUGCCAAACUCUCACUGUGUAACUCCAACCAAACGUUCACACUGGGGAAGUGCCAUUACAUCUGGUCUUGAAAACUCUCCAUUAGAAUCUACUGGGUCGAAAAUGGAAUCUACUUCCUCAUCAGACCUAGUAGUUGUGUAUAAGGAAGUAGGGGAACGUAAGCAAUGGAUAAAGAACUGUAAGGAUAUUAUCAAUGUGCUUUCUGAAGCCAAGAUUAUAGAAAGUCCAGUGUUUCAAAAAACUGUCAAGAAAUGUGAAUGUGAAGUGGAUGCCAAGGAAGCAUUAAAUAAUGAAAUGGGCAUCUCUAACAGUAAAUGUUCUGUCAACCCAAACAAAUCGGCAGUAUUGAAUUCAACUUUCACUGUUACUUUAAAGGAAUGUGUUGGUGACUGUAAAGAUUAUAAAAGUAAUUGCAUCUCAGAUUCUUUUCCUAAUGCUAUAAUUAUAAGUAACAAGACUUCUUCAGUAGAGAACAAUCAUUUAAUAAAAACGCCAUCCUCAUUAAAUAUAACAUUUGAAAUAGGAAAUCAGGAAGCUUGUAAUAAUAACCACAAAAUGCCAAACUAUACCAACGAAGAGCUCUGCAGACCAAAUUUUGUAGAGACAGCAUGUAGUGGAGCACAGAUAAGUGAUAUGAGCUGUGUUGAAAACAUUGAUUUGGAUAAAACAUUGAUUCUUGAAGUCGGAAAUGAAGAACGUCCAAACACUAAUAAUUAUACUGUAGAAAAUAAAGACAACAGAGCUGGAAAUCAACUGUCAACAACUUUAACAGGUGAGAAAAUUCAAAGUAUGGAGGCAAUAGAAACUAUUCCCCCAUCAGCUGAUGACACUGUGAAACCUUUAGAUGAAACUUUUACAGUUGAGGACAAUAUGGCUGAUAUAACUUAUAUAAUUCCUAGUGAGCCAAGUAAUAAUUCACAUAAAAAAGCAAAAGGUGGCUUGCUUGGAAUGUUGCGUUUACAUAUGUCACCACGACCAAAGAAAAAAUAUGUCAUUGCAGAUGGUGUUUCCAGAUCGGGAGAAGAUAAGUUGAAACGGAAGAUGUCCGAUUCAUUAUUAGGUAUAACUAAGGUCUGGAAUACACCAGUUACAAAACAAAAGAAAAGUAAGUGUGGACUUACUGGAAUGUUGCAAAAACUGCCUUGCCGACAGGAUGUAAACUUGGAAAGUACUGAAGCUGUAGAAAAAGGUACACUUGAAAUUACCGAGAUUUGUGAAAAGUCCACCGGUGAUAGUGAAUCAAAAGAAAAUUGUUCAGUUGUGUUGGAUACAAAGAAAUUUGGAAUCAAAGAAUACAGUAAAACUAAUAGUUCUAUGAAAAACUAUAAGCCUGAUUUAGCUUCUUCAGAACCUACUAACAGAGUAAGAGAAAACAAUGAAAUGAGCAGGAAAUUGGACAAAGACAAUUUGUUAUUGCAUGAAACAACUGGAAGUGAGGGAUUUGUUGAAGUUCUAAAAAGAGAGAGACUCGUCUUGAAGGAAUUUCCAGGGAUUGAUCAAGGUAAUGAUACUGAUGACAAAUUGAGAACUAAAGAUGAUCAGUCUUUUGAAGGAACACAGAUAUCGGUAAUUAUUCAGGAUAAUGACUCUUUGGUACCUGUUAUAGAAGAAAAAGUUGAGCCAGGCUUUGAUUUUGUACAAACUAACGUUCAAGGGACGGAGCUAUGUACAUCCAUUGCAAAUAGUAACAAUAAUGAUUUAAAUAAUGCAGAAAUAAAUUUGAGUAUUAUAAAUAGUAAAACUGAUGCACCAUCAAUCUGCCUUAAUAAUGUAUCAAGUGAUAGUGGUUUAGGUACACAGACGACAGAUUUCACUUGCAUUACAGCUGAUAAUGAAGCUAGUGAUGUGGAAAGCGUGCUUAAUUAUUCUUUGGAAAAAUGUGAUCAAACUUCUCCAUGCCAAACCCAGUCCAGUGAAAUAAAUAACUUAGCAGAUUAUGCAUCAUCAGGUGUAGAUGAAGAAAUUUAUUCUGAAGUUAUGAUGAAAAAGGCACCCAAAAUGCAAUUCUUUGAGAAAGGUAUUUCCUUACCAGCCUUAAAAGCUAAUAAAAUAUCAAUGACUACAGAUGAUUAUUCAAAUGAAAUGGAAGAUUCUAUACAUUGUGCUAAGGACAUUGCUCACACAAUUUUACUAGAUGUUUUUGAGAGAGCAAGAGAACAAGUCUCAGUUAAUGACACAAGGGAGAGGUAUCGUGACAUCAGCCCAAUAACCCCAAGGAGUAUUCACAUUAAUAUGAAUUGUUCUGGUGAGAUUAAAGAUCAAAACUUGAACCAGCAUGAAAAUGAGGACUUGCUAUAUCAUAGUAAGUUGUGUACAUCAAGUCUAGGCACUUUACAAAGCAAAGAAUGUAAAAAUGAUGAAGUGGACAUGCAGAAAAUAGAUGAUACACUACCAAACUGGAAAAUGAAGAAUAACCGGAGAAUAGAUUAUGAAGGUUCAAUAGUAACAAGUAGCCCAGCUAGACCGAGACCUACACGGUUGUGUAUUGGUUCCAACAAUAAUGCUAACCUCAUUGCUGACUUAAUGUAUUUAUCCAGCUUACAAACAUUAGAGUGUGAAGAAACUGAGGAGAGCUAUGUAGAAAGUUUUUUUAAGAGCCAGGAGGAUGAAUCAAAACCAACUCUAAGAGAAAACUACAUGCUAAGUGAAGGAUCAACAUCAGUACCGGUACCACAAAACAGUAUGCAGCAUCAGUGUUCCCAGAGCAAUAUUAAUGUCCAAAGCAAAGAUCUCCCAGAAAUAAGUGAUGCUCAUCUUGGAGCUAGAGCCAAGACUUGCAUAUUAACAGAUGAUUGUAAUAAGGAUAAUAAUAAUAGUGCAUCGGAUGAAGAGAGUGAGGAUUUUGCAAACUUGCGUCAAUCGAUGGAACUCCUCCUUGGCUCAAGAGAACAACGCAGAGAGUCGGACUGUAAAUCCAUCAUUUCAUUAUGGACUGGUGCUUCAUCAGAAUUAUGGCACUUGGAUGAUGAUGGAGGUGUGGUAUCGGGUGGUGGUGGUGGAGUGUAUGGGUGGAUUGAAGAGCAGAGAGCUAAGCUGGAGGAUAUACUUGGUCUGGAGCUUUUCAUGAGAGCAUAUCAUCACUUGGAGGAAGCCCAGGAGCGGGAAGGAUGUGUGGUUGGUGAGGCUGUUACUCGGGUAGAAGAAAUGCUGGGAAGAGAGAACUGUCACAUGGCCUAUGACAUCCUUCAACUUGUGGUAUCAGAGGCUGUGUAUCAUAACUGAAAGUAGUCAAGAGGAUGGUUUUCAUCUAGAAUAUUUCUCACAUUAUUAGAAGAUAAGUAAGUAAAGAAAGUGCUUACCGUGAAGUGAAACUAUUGUGGAUUGAGAACAAAAAAUUGCUUAGUCAUGUAUCCCUGAUUGAAAAUAACAAAGGCUGAAAGAGUUCUUAAAAGAAAGGUAUUGCUACUGUAAUUAAUAUUUCAUGAAGAGUGUAGUAUUUCAUUAAUAAAUUUUAUUUGGUAGAUGAAUAACCAUUAUGAUUUUGAUGAGCUGUGGAAUCAAGGUAGAUCUGCACAACACUACUUUAUAUAUUGCUCUUGAUACACAAAUAAAGAAUCAGGAACUCUCUCAAGUGUUCAUAAAAUCCUUGGUUGACUAUAGUAAUUAUCUACAGAUUUCUAUUUUAAUAUGAAUGUCUUGAGUUAAGGGUCAUGAUGAUCUGUAGGUACCAUUUGUCAUAAUGGGCAUGAUCUCCGACAGCCAUAAACUACUAAUGUCCGUACGAAUCUGUUUAAAUUUAGUUAGAUUUUUAUUUAGUUUAGUUAAAACCUUAGCAUGGUAUCUGACUGUUAGGAGACGAUCAUUAGUUGCAAUUUAAACCACCUUCAGGUCUGCCUUCCUUCACAAAAAAAAAAAAAAAAUGGAAUUACGUAUAUGCAGAAGCUGGAAAACUUUGAAACAAAAAUA